UUUUUUGACGCCGAGGCGGACGUCGAAAAAUCAAAGCUCGAAGAGAUGAAAGUGCUUCUGCAAGACAUCUAUCCAAGCAAAUCUAUGACCACCGGGUGAGUUGCUUUUACCGUUUUGCUUGCCUUGUCGGAACCUCACACCUCCGACUCGCCAGCAGCCAUGGUGCAAGGGACACAAAUGGAACCUGUGCCUUCGAGACCACCAAUGCAUUCCCCAAUCCGGCUGUUCCCUCGGUCACCAUGCCCGUACCUGCGGCCCAACGCAACUCGGUCAAGUUUGAGGUUUCUCUGGGACAACCGAAUGAAGCCCGGCCCUUCAACUCGCCCGCUGGGAACUCUGCCGACGAUAAAGCCGCCAGUAUCGCCUCAACAGAUAUGGACACGUUAAAAGGAGCCACUGUCGACCCCGCCUCGGCCGAUGCGGCAGUCAAGCCUCCCAGCUUGGCGGCAGCGUAUUCCACUCCGCAGACUAGUGCGUACCACCUUGGUGGUCCGGGCUCUCCUCACAUGCAGGUUUCUCAAUGGCAUGGUUACCCGCCCUAUUACUCCCCACAUGUUUCCAUAACAGUUACCACGAACACUGUCUCUGAUGACAAGGCGCACCAAAUGGACGUUCCUUCGAUGGGCGGAUCGGUCGCCGAUACCUCUGUGACGAGUAAGGCUGCACAUGUCCUCUCGACAGUCGCGUCGGCGUUCGGGUCUUCGGAUGCUGAGGCGGAGGAGUCCAACCCCCAAAGCGAUACCUACUACUUCAUCGGCAUCGGUGCCUUGACAGGAUUUCUCAUCGGAUUUAUCAUCCUGUGCAUUCGAAUCGACCUCCAAGCCCUCAUUAGUGCCCCUGUCGGCGGUACCCUCAUUGCGGCCGAUGGCGCGCUCAUCAAAGCCUAUUUCAAUAAAAGGGAGCGCGACCGACAGGCAAAGAGGGCAGCAUUUCAGAGAGCUCUUGAAAAGAUCUGCGACGACCCGGACGUACGGAUCUUUUUCCAGCUUAUCACUCGGGGGAAAAUCCCGCCUCUUGCGGGAUGCAACGAUUGCAAUCAUUGCAACAUUGGAAACUUCCACGAAUGUCCGAAGGCAGAGUGCAAGUUGGAGAACCAAAUUCACUUCGAGCAUCCCCUUGGGACACUGGGCCUGAAGGAUAUCCGGAGAAAUUAUUUGUUCAUGGAGGAAGACCACAUGGCGGACAGCAGGAUAAGCAAACUUCGAGCUGCAUGCGUAAAGGCCGUUCGCGUUUUUCACUUCCAGUGGCUGGAGCUAAAGAAAGAUAAGAAACUUCUGAAAGAGGUUGUCCGUGAAAGCAAUCUGGAGACGCUUGUUCAUUACGAAAACUCGGUCCUGCACGAGCAUCACCACGGCGACGGGAACAGGCCUUACAGGGCACAACGCUACGGCACGUCCAGGCUUUACCACGUCUGCUACCAUGAGCUUUGCGAAGCCCAGUUUUGGUCGUUUAUCGCAUUCCUCAACUUUGUGGAAAAGGUCCAUGCUCUCACCCCGUGCAACAGCCGUCGACACGGAACCGUCCGCCUUGUGCCACACUGACGUCUGCACCGUUAUUUGGAUACCCGGUUGCCCCUCGAAGCCC